AUGCUCGGUUCCGUUCCCAAAAUUCCUGGUCAAUUAAUCAUUGAUACUGCUAAAAUUUCACAUUUGAAAGAAACCAUAGCUACAUUAUUAGGUUUAAAGAGCUACAAAUUUCCAGGAGCACAGCCGAUAAGUUUCGGUGCGAAACAGUUGGACGAGAUUGAGCAGGAAGAUUUUUAUGUCGCAGAGAAGUCCGAUGGCGUACGAUGUUUAGCAUUACUGACAUCGAACCAAUAUAAAGAGCCAGAGAUAUAUCUUUUUGAUAGAAAGAACAACUUUCACCUCGUCCGCAAUUUCAGAUUUCCGAUUCCGAAUGAUCCCAACUACCAUAAGUGUCUUAAAAACACGAUUAUUGAUGGCGAGUUUGUUCUAGAUAAAGAGGAAGACGGCUCAAGUUUGAGAAUUAACGAAAACGAGGAUCUUUUGCAGUAUUUAAACAACGAUAUUAUCAAACCACAUCAAGGUAUGCUUAGAAAGUACCCAAUUAUGAAAGACAAACAACAAUUUUCGGUUCAGUUCAAGGAGCAACAAUUUGCGCACCAUUUGGACAGUAUAUUCAAAGAAGUUAUACCCAAUUUAAAGCAUGGCAGCGACGGACUCAUAUUUACUUCAGUAAAUGCACCUUAUGUCAUGGGCACUUGCAAUAAAAUGCUAAAAUGGAAACCGCUCAAUGAAAACUCCAUUGAUUUCAAAGUGAAGUUGGUUUUCCCCGGAACUAAUAUACAAGGGGUCAAAGAUUAUUCCAAAAAACCAAGAAUUGACCUACUUGUAUGGCAAGGCGGCAAAGACUAUACCUAUUUUAAUGAGUUAGGCGUAACAGACGACGAGUGGAAAGAAAAAUUUGGGGAUAGCCCACGAUAUAUGGAUGGAAAGAUCAUAGAAUGUAAUUACGAACCAGAAUUACAACAACAGCUUAAUUUAAAGUCGCCUUGGCGGUUUAUGAGAUAUAGGGACGAUAAGGAGGAUGGCAAUCAUCAAAAAACAGUUGAUAAUGUGCUACAAAGUAUUCGAGAUGCCGUAACGAAAGAAGAGUUAAUAGAGCGUAUACCGAGGAUCAAAGAAGCAGCAGACAGACGAAAACGCAAUAAUGAACAUAACAGCAAUCUAGACGAUAGACAAACGAAAAAAAGACGACAAGAAUGA